AGAUGGCAGCAUCAAACAUAGAGGGGUUGUACGGAGUGUGCUCAUUCAACACACAGGCCAGCCAAGUUUCAGAUUCAUCUUUCCAUAUACUCUGGCUAGCACAUAACACGCCGCUCCUUCUUUGUCCCAUCUACAUUUCUGCGACCCUCUGGCGGCUCAUUCACCGGCAUUGACUGGUCCUGGCGUCAUGAUGAUGACAUAGUCUGUCUCGGAACACGGCGUCUCAAAGUAACGACCACCACACGCCCUUCUCAUAGCUCUGCCUGGGACAUAAUGGACAGUCCAUCCGACGGCCUCGACAAGUUUCUUCCCAAGUCAAUUGCAGCGAAACGGCGGCGCAAGAAGGCCUUGUCGGCGACGGAUCUAGUCAGCACCAGCGACGAUGGUGCGCCACAGAGCUCCAACGGCACCCCCGGCAGUGACGCCAACUCGCUCCAUAGCAGCCUCAAGAGCAGCAACACCGACGGUGCUGUCUCCGAAUUGCUUUCGGAACCCACACAACAACUGACAUCACAUCCGAUCGCUUACAGUCCCGACCGUCGCUCCACCGCCAUCUCGGCCCAUUCAUCCCGAGUCGGCCACUCGACGACAUCGUCGCUCCUUGCACAGCCAGAGCCGCCGGUGACGGACGGCAACGACUCCGCCCGGGCAUCAACAUUACCUCGCGAGAGCUCCAAUAGCCUCGAAUCCGCUGCGCCACUCGAACGAAGCCGGACCAGCUUCGGGCCACCCGAACUUCGGUCGAAGCGGUCCUCGUCGAGCAACCGCUUAAGAGACGCGUUCAAGCUAAAGAAGAUUUCGGGCGACGAAAAAAGCCCAGCCACCGACCGUAAACCUGGAGCUGUGCCCGUCCAGAGUUCCGAAGCUGCGCCCAAACCGUCUGCUGGCCGCAGCCGUCGCCUCUCACGAGGCCAGAAGCUCGAGCCGUUGCAAGCGCCACCUCGAACACCGCCGCAAGACGCACCGCCUCCCGUGAUCGUCAAUACUCCGCCUACGCCGACCGAUCCUCAUCAGGAUCUUGCGACAUCCGAGAUUCCGCGCCGCCCGGCUGAUGCAGUCGUUCCGGGGAACAUGAGCACCCAACGACGGAGGGCAGGCUCCAAUGCUGGCCCGUCCAAGCUCUCCACCAGCGCUGUUCCGCCCCUGACGCCGACCCCCGAGAAUGUUCCAGCAUCGCCGAACAAUGCUGCUGCCACCUUUUUCUCCUCCAUGUUUUCUGCCGUGCAAAACACUGCCAACCAACUCAGUACCACAAUACCAGCCCUUGCCCAGGGUCCCAGCAGGAACAAAGAACCAUCCCAGGGAAGGGACGGGGCUGACAGGGCACAAGACACAGUUGAGGUGGAGUCGGUAGCAUCCCAGCAAGCCUCUUCUACUGAGCCCAAGGAGCCGGCCGUGAAGACCCUGGGCACGGGUGACCUCAGCCUCAGCCAUCUGGGCAUCGUCGACACCCCCAGUGCAGCACCGAGUCCUGUUGCUGCACGCUUCGCCGACACUGAACCGCGAGCGCGGUCCGAAUCCGCACCGGCAGAAGCCCAUGCUGUCGACACUGAACACCCGGAUGAAGUCCAUGACUCCCGGCCUCGAUCUGCUUACGAACCUGCGGGCGGGGAUCGGACACCGCCGGCCGGGAGCGUAUAUGAGGGUAAGACCGGCAUUCAUCGCAGCGGCAGUAUCCGCAGCGCCAUCGGUCAUCGUAGAAAGCGUGGCAGCAGUGUUGCAACCUACGGUACCACCGCCACAAGCACGAUUGGCGCCGCCGUUGCUGCUGCUAAUUCAUCACUCAUCAACCCUACAGCCGGCGGCCCGAAGCUGACAGGGUUCGCCGUUGCCAACAAGAAGCGCAACCGCGACUUCCACGCCCUGUUCAAGAGCGUGCCAGAUGACGACUACUUGAUCGAAGACUACAGUUGUGCGCUGCAGCGCGAGAUUCUCGCACAUGGACGCUUGUACAUAUCCGAAGGCCACCUGUGCUUCAGCAGCAACAUCCUCGGAUGGGUUACGACGCUCGUCAUGAGCUUCGACGAGAUUGUGGCCGUCGAGAAACGCAGCACUGCCCUCGUGUUCAAGAACGGCCUCGAGAUCUCCACGCUGCACGCGAAGCACAUCUUUGCCUCGUUUGCCAGCCGGGACACUACCUACGACCUCAUCAUCAAAAUCUGGAAGCUUGGGCACCCUCACCUUCAAAGCUCACUUAACGGCGUCCGGCUAGAGGAGCCAGGCGGCGAUCGCACCGAGAAAGUGGAGGAUGCCGAGUCCGUGUCUGCAGUAGGAACGCAUAGUGUAUCAGGCUCCGACGAUGAGGGCGACGACGGCGAAGACAUCUAUGACGAGGAUGAGGACGAAGGUGGCGUUGAAGCCGCUGCACCACCGCCCGACGGCCCCGUUUCAGACGUAGCCGACAAGAAUGGUUCUCGGAAGGUAUCGGGCGGGAUGGCGCCCCCCGAGAAGGCCGAAGAUGGCGUACCAACAGGCGGCGCCGACUUCCCAGGACCUGCGACCCAUGCGCCCACCGAUUGCGGUGAUGUAGCCGCGCAUUUCGAGAAGGUUCUGGGCGACGACGUUAUCCCCGCGCCCCUGGGCAAAGUGUACAACAUGCUGUUCGGCCCGGCAUCCGCAGCCUGGAUGGGCCGCUGGCUCACAACGGACCAGAAGUGCACUGAUUUUCAGAUGGAGGACAAGCGCGGUUUGACUGACGAGAUCAGGACGCGCAACUUAACUUACAUCAAACCGCUGUCAGGCUCGAUAGGGCCAAAACAGACAAAGUGCAUUGUCACGGAGCAACUCGAUCAGUUCGAUCUCGAGAAGUCGGUUCAUAUCCUCGUCACCACCCAGAAUCCCGAUGUCCCGAGCGGCAACAUAUUCGUCGUGAAGACCAGGUAUUGCCUCACCUGGGCCGAGAAGAAUGGUACCCGCGUCCAGAUCAGCAACCUCAUUGAAUGGUCUGGCAAGAGCUGGAUUAAGGGCCCCAUUGAACGCGGCGCAAACGACGGCCAAGCCCAGUACUGCAAGGACCUCUUUGCCACACUCAGAGCCGCCGUCUCGUCCCGCGCGCGGUCCGGCAGCGCGCUGAACGGGGCAGCCGUCCGCGGUAAGAAGCGCAGCCGAAAGAGCAAGUCCGCCCUGGCCUCCACCCCGGCUAGCGACGCCGAGAGCGUAGUCAAUGUCUCGGCCAAGCAGAGUUGGGGGCUCUUUGAGCCCGUGCGCCCCAUCCUCAGCCCCGUUGUCGACACGAUCAGGUCCAUCCUCACGGGCAAUGUCGUCUACGGCUUGCUUGUCGGCCUGCUGGUGGCGUCGUGGUUCGGCUUCGGCACCCGCCAGGGCGCCCCGCUGUAUACUCACGAUCCGGCGUACGCCAACGCCCCACAGCGGUUGGCGGCGUACGAGGAGAUGUGGAGGCGGGAGGAGAGCGAUCUGUGGCGGUGGAUCGAAGAGCGGGCGGGGUUAGAGAGGCUGGGCACGGAUCCGCCGCUGAGAAAGCGUAGCGUUGACCCGAGGACGGUGGAGGAAAGGCUCAGGGAAGAGAGGAUGGAUGAGCGGGAGCUGAGGGAGGCGAUCCGCGUUACCGAGGAGCAUCUUGAGGUUUUGAAAGCGGUAGUGGAUAAGAAGGGGGCGGAGGGGUGAGGCGGUACCUCUUAUGUAUACACACACUCAUUGCCGAUGGCGACGUCGUCUCUUUUUUCCUUGUUUCUGUUCUGAGGGCGGGCCUUGGUUAUUAGCUGUGCAUAAGCGGGCGAAUAUGGACGUUCACUUGGGCUGGUUUCCUCCUUCAUAGCAGCCUCCCUCGACUUGGAUACCGUAGCUGGUGUUCUAAGGUAGCAGAUGUUUUCAAUUGGCUUGAACUCAACAACCUAUUGCUCUGAGUGUGGGUUCCUAGCCAGGAACAAUGUGAACGGC